ACCUCAUAGUUUCGUUUCACGGCAACAACACUCACUCGCCUUUUUCCCCAAUCAUCUAUGUGCCCUAUUCAAGCGUUCACUCAAUUCUCAGUCACAAUCUCGGAACACACAGCACGAUUUACCCAACGACCAACAAUAUGCUCACCUUGACCACUCGUCAAUCCGUACAUCACCUCCCCUCAUCACUUCCCCGAGUCCUCCUCCUACCCAUCAUAGCCACCAAACGCUUCCUAUCCUACACAGCCAAGACAUCAUCUCUGUCCUUGACAACUCCCAUCACCACCCGCAAACUCCUUCUUUUCCCAUCCCCAAACUUCAACAACCUCCAGAAAAGAUCCCUCCACCUAGCACCUCCCUUCCUCCUCGACGACUACACGCCUCGCUACCUCCAGUUAUCUGAAGUCGACGCGGCUAAGAAACGAUCGCAAGCAUAUGCUCACCUGGCCAAGUGCAACUUGUGUCCGAGAAAAUGUGGAGUGAACAGAUUUGAGAAGACAGGGUGGUGCUUGAUUGGGGAGAAGGCGAAGGUUAAUGUUAUUGCGCCGCAUUUUGGGGAAGAACCAUGCAUUCAGGGACAUCAUGGGAGUGGUUCGGUUUUCUUCAGCAUGUGUAACCUCCGCUGCGUCUUCUGCCAAAACCACGACAUCUCUCACCAACGAAACGGCAUGGAUUUGACUCCCGAAGAGCUAGGUGACUGGUACAUGAAGCUGCAAGAAGUCGGAAACGUGCACAACAUCAACCUUAUUACCCCUGAACACGUCGUCCCCCAAGUAGCCCUUUCCAUCCUGCACGCACGGUCUCAAGGUUUACGCAUCCCCAUAAUCUACAACACCUCCUCCUACGACUCUCUCGAGUCCUUAGCUUUGCUCGACGGACUGGUGGACAUUUACCUGCCUGACUUCAAGGUCUGGGAACCGUCCACUUCCAAACGGCUGCUCAAAGCAGAUGACUACGCCGCCACGGCGCGGGAGUCCAUCAAAGCUAUGUACGCGCAAGUGGGGGACCUGUGUUUUACUGGUGACGGUAUUGCGAAGAGUGGGGUGCUGGUUAGACAUCUGGUCAUGCCUGGCCUCGAAGAGGAAGGGGCAAAGAUUAUGAGGUGGUUGGCUGAGGAGGUGAGUAGAGAUGUGUUUGUGAAUAUCAUGGAGCAGUAUAGGCCGAGUGCGCAUGUGGGGAAGGUUCAGACCCGAAGAAAGACACAUGGAGGAGAGGAGGAAGCAGAAGGAGACAAGAAAGAAGAAAGACGGUAUGCCGAGAUCAAUAGGGCUGUGAAGGGAGAGGAGGUGGAGAGUGUUCGGCAGGCGGCUGAGAGGGCUGGGUUAUGGAGAUUUUGUGAUCCGCCUAGGCAUGAUGGGUUUAACAUUUAGACCUGCGUCAUAUGUAAACUAGACUAGACUUACUAGAUCUUCUUCUUGGUAUUCUCCCUUUGAGGGUCAUGGAAGGUUUAGUUUGCGC